AUGAAGGGAUUCAUUACUGCCGCGGCAUCAUUGCUCCUUAGCACUGUCAAUGCGCUCCCUUCUAAGCCUGCCUCCGGGCCAUUCUUGACGCAGGUCGACAACUCAACAUGGGUCCUUGGAAACGAGAUCUGGAAUGUCACUCAGCAGCAGAUCUACGGAGUCAAGCUGAUGUACAAGGAGAAAGACUGCGUUGGAGAGGCUGUUGGCCACUAUGUCAGCUAUAAUGGCGCAGCUUCUAACUUGCAGUGGACCUCGGCUUCCAUUACCAAACGAGGUACCUAUCAAGGCAAGCAAUACAUUGAUGUCUCGUUCACUGCUGCGGAGGGAGACAUGCACUGGGUUAUUUUCUCUGGCCUGUCCGGUGCCUACCAGUACUUCGUGAACCACGCGCUGCCCACCCUCGGUGAAUUCCGCACUCUCUGGCGGUUGGACAAUACCACAUUCACAAAGGGCCGAACAAACAUCAAGGAUGAGGAGCUGCCCCCGCUGAGCGAGUAUCUGCCGCAGAACAAAGUCCAGGACGAGACGUGGUUGAAGCCUGAUGGAAGUGGGUAUAUCACCAAGUAUGAUUUUACUGCCUGGUCUCGGAACCAGGAUUACUUUGGUGUGUAUGGAGAUGGCUUUGGUAGUUGGUACAUCAAUGCUGGAAAGGACUAUUACAACGGUGAUCAUCUUAAGCAGGAGCUGAUGAAUGAUGGUGACAAGAAGGAUGCAGCCAAGCGAGCUGCCGAAGAAUUCCGCUCCUGGCCAUACACCUGGCUCGACGACGAAGACUACCACAGUCGCGGCGUCGUCCAAGGCAAGAUCAUGCUCUCCGACGGCCGACCCGCCAGCAAUGCCGCCGUCUUCCUCGGCGACAACAACCCGAACAAAACCGCUCUGGACAUGGGCUCAACAUACUACUACACCGCAUACGCCGACAAGCACGGAAACUUCGAGUUCUCCGACGUCCGCGCUGCUACAUACGGCCUGCAAGCCUGGUCCAACGGAAGUUCCAUCGCAGAUGUGACCACCUCCUUGCUCCACAACGACGUGACCGUGAAGAAGUCCGCAAAGACCAAUCUCGGCAGUCUGACCUGGGAAGUUUCCACGAAAAAGAAACUCUUCCAGAUCGGCGACUUUGAUCGCUAUAGUUACGGCUUCCUGCACGGUGGAGCUCCAAACCAGCACGCGCUUGUUGCUUCGUGCCCGGCCAACCUGAUCUAUACCAUCGGCGAGUCCAAGCCGAUUGAUUGGUGCUUCGGACAGACCUACCAGGGUAACUGGACGGUGCGAUUCAAGGCCCCGGCUGCCUCUAAGACCGCGGCUCCGAAUCUGAUCGUUUCCCUGGCUGGAUACUCCUCCGGAGCUAGCAGCAAUAUCCUCGCCAAUGGAGUCCAGGUUGGCAACAUGACUAGUGGUUCGGCGUUGUUGCCCAGUGAUCCGUGUCUGUACCGCUCUGCUACCGGUGCGGGAGAGUGGCAUUUGCUGGAGUAUCCCUUUGAUAAGGGUUUGUUGAAGGAGGGUUGGAAUGAGAUUACUUUCGACAUGGUGAGGAAUACUACUUGGCAUGGAUUCAUGUGGGAUAGUGUUGUCCUGGAGUGGUGA